UGGUUGUAAAGUCUCCUGGGAUCAAAGUCUUGGCAAGUUGUUGCACACAUUGUGUAAAGUGGACCUGAGGUGUUGAUCUAUUAAGAAUUACUGCUCAACACUGCCAUGCAGUGGCCUCUUGGGGGCAAGAACAGUGUUUUAAUCAAAAAGGCAGCAACAGGAGCAGAGUAAAAGCAGAAUGGAUAUGGAUUUCAAGUCGAUUUCAAGCACAAAUGGAAGGAAACUGCUUCGAUUUGCGGAUCUUUGAGAUUGAUGGUAGUUUGUGUUGUUUGCCACGUUUGAUUUUACUGGCCGUGUUACAAAUCACACUACUGAUCUGUGUGUGAAGUCCAGUGUUAGCUUUGUGCCGGCUGUAAACACAACUCAUAAAAACUGAGGUACUUAAGAUUUUCUCAGGAUGAACCAAGUGGAAAGAUUUCUUUCUCACUAUGCGUGGGUCUUUCCACUCUUCCUCACAGGCAAUAAAAGCUUAUCAGAGGUUGUAGAUGGUGCCUCUUUUUGUCUUAACUCACCCAUUGACUCAAAAAGAAGGACAAGGCCAAAUGAGAAUAGUUAACACCUUUAUUACUUAACUCUGACUCGUCAGUUCUAGAUUUAUUUGACCUCUGCAGUCCUGAGGCGGCACAGUUUCUGUUUAUGGGUCUUGAGUUUGACAGAAGACGUCUCAGCGCUUGAUAGCUGGUCUUCACUUUAUAAGUCCAGUCUGGAUGUCACUGGCACACACAAGUGAAUGAUCUUUGGCAUAUUUCCUCUUAUAAAGAUCAUCCUCUUCAUGAGAUGUGACCAGCACAAGUCUUUACAGUACACUAUCUUUGGAAGCAUGUGAGUGGGAUCAUGCUUCCUUGUCUUGACAUUUGACGAUUAAUAGACUUUAAACGAUUUUUGUUGUGUUUUUGGAAUGUUAACAGUUCCCGAUAAAAUGGCUCCAGCUCUGGGAAGGUCAAAUCUCAGUCACCGCACAGUCUUAUAGGAUUAUUCCCAAUAAUCCCGAGCUCAUAGAGGAUGGAAAGUGUAGCGAAGAGGACGUAGCAAAACAGGCAAACUAAUCCCAAUUUCCAAUCCAACUUCCAUCCAUUAAUAUGAACGGCUACAAACAGGAAGAUGAUGGAAAGGAGUAGUGUACAGGAAAUGAAGACCAGUCCAUUGCUGUUGACAUCUACAGGGUUGACAGUGUCCACAAAGGCAGUCUUGAUGAACCAGGGGAGGCCCAGGCACAGCAUGUCAAACACGUUAGAGCCCACAAUGUUCGACAUGGCCAUGUCAGCUUUUCCUGAUUGAGGGAGAAAAACAUUUGGUAUGAAUUCAAGUCUACCCACGCUGAUCAUCUGAGACGGCAAAUAUUAUAAUGUGUCCUGUUUACCUUCUCUGGCCACCAUCACACUGGCCACAGUGUCGGGUAUACUGGUUCCAGCAGCAAGCAAGGUGAGUCCCAUCACUGUAUCAGGAAUGCCAAGGGUCUCACCUAUGUAAACAGAGUACCAAUCAUAAGAGUCAGAAUCCCCCUCCUCCAACAUUAAGCUAAGAAGUGAACCCCAGCUGAUUUGAACUGGGUUAAUAAAUAAUCACUGGAGGCAGCGCAGUAGUGCGGAUUGGAGAAAUAAUGAAGUCAUAAGACAAAAUUCUUAACAAAACCAGCCUCAGGAAAUGUCUGUAAGCCUCUAACUUGGUAAAAUGUUUUUAACUGUUAAAAAAUAUAAUUGUAAUUUUGAUUCAGUAGAGAAUAAUUUGAUCAGUAAACCUUCUUCUUGAGUGUGUGCAGAUAAAAGAUGUUAAAUUCUAGUCUCAAAAUACCAGAAUAAGCCUCACAAAACCCCAACAGUUAUUCGAGUGUAAUCCCUUAAAGUAAACUUCUUUUCAUGUCACUGUACACCCCCAACAUUAGCUUAAAAUUAUUGAGGACAUGAGCUUUUGCCCUCAGUGGCAGCAGUGGCUCUGAUCGGAGGCGUAUGUGGGAAAAUAUAGUCUCAGUAAUCUUAAUCUCCAGGGGUACCCGAGUAUUAACCACAUAGUUUGAAGUCCCAGUGGAUCAUCACCCUCCAGCUGUAGGGAAAUGGCCUCGAACUCAUUCUUUAUGGAUGACUUGUACCUGUCGGUCCCAUGCCUACUCUUUCAUAACUUCAAAUUCUCCUCCCACGUGAGCCCAUCUGAAGACUACGGAAUAAUAAUCCCAUUAUACCUCAGCAGACCUACAACUGUCACAUGAUGGAGCUACCCUUUACUCCUGAUCUUAGGUCAGUUUUAUGUCAAUGAAUGGGGGGUAGUGGGGGAUAGAGCUUCUUUUGAACCCGUGCCUGUGGACAGCUCUGUACACACGUCGGGCUCACAUGAUUGUGUUUCCUUGGGGGUGAAACAGACUGUAAUCCUGCUGUGGCUAGCUGGGCACAUGGCCCGCUGGAGCUCCAAUAACCCCCCUCUUAACUUUUCAGGACAAUGGCAUCUCAGGAAUUAGCCAGCAGACCAACAUGUGAUUCUACUCUGCAAAUGAGACCUUUUUCUCACAAGCUUGAAACUCUUGUGAUCCACAGAGGCCCUGUAGCUGGUGAGUGAUGGGCUGAUUUACACCUGCCUCUGAAAGGCAAAGAAAAAGUCAAGAUUUUAAAUAAUCUCAAAUUAAUUAACUCACCCACUACAGUGACCAUCCACACCAGGAUGUAUGUGAAACCUGAGAUCCAGACAGCAGACAUGAGGAAGGUUAUCAUGAACCAUCUGUUCCAAAAUCUCCUCCUGCAGUCGGGGAUGGUGAGGAAGAGCAGAGUGAUGAUGGGCAGAGACAGAACCCAGAGGAUGCGCUUCAAGUCGCUCUCAGGCAUUGAAAACACACUUUUUUGCUCUGCUAGGAAGAGAGAAGAAACAGUUUAUGAGUAGAUCCUUCAGCCACAUUCAGCUUAUUAAGUUUACCCAGGUGGCGGUGUUCUGUUCAAGUUCUGAAGAGGCAGUGCUGUUGUGUUUUACCUUCAGGAAUCUCAUUGAGGCCAUGCAGACUGAGGGACAGGUGAGAGUAUCCUGAGUCAUCCUGAAAGAUCCCGCUGUCUGUCCUGGAGCGACUGUGCACCCGGAGAUGGGUGUCAUCAUUCCAGCCCAUCAGUGGCUGGAUCUCGGUCUUGGCAGUUUCUCUGGUCACACAGGUGCAGCACGGGCUUAUUUUCCUCAGGACAAACUCACUGAUGUUAAGGUCGAAGCACAGGACCACGAUGUAGAGGACAUAGACCAUAAGCAGACAAGCAGCGUCAUACCUGUGAAAAUAAAACCACCCUUCAAUUUACAUUUUUGACUUUGGGGACUAAUGUUAAAUAAUCUAAAUUGAAGCCCACACUAUGUCAAACAUUUAUGGAGCUUUCACCCAUAACCUCACGGCCUGCUACUUGCUCUGUUGUCAACAGGUGACCUCAGAACAGGACCUUAGUCAUGUGAUCACACAACAGACAUAGUUAGAAGCUAACCAGUCAGACCCACCUUACUUUGAGAGGAUUUCCCUUUAAGUAUAAGUAGUUUAACUUAAAAUAAGCGCCAGGAUAGGUUCUCUUUAUUUACAAUACACAUGUAAGUCAGAAAGUAGAACAAGUCAAAUAAAGAGUUUAUUAAUAGGCAGAUUCAUGACUUAUGUUAUAAACUCUCAAACAUGUUUUUGUUGCUCCUAGCUUGAAUUCUGUUACAAAAUCUCACCUCUGUUUUUUAGUAUCUUUGGUACACUUACACAUUGUUUACACAAUACUUUUGCUCCUCUUAGAAGCAAUCAUAUUUUAUUUCCUCCUUUUUAUUCACGUAUACCGCUGUAAUAGUGUUCUUGGCAGAUAUUUUAUGGCAUUUCUGUUUGCUGUUGACAAAACACAGUAAUCUCCAGUCUAUAAUGAAGGCUGAAUGCUGCUCUGCACUCACUUUGAUUACAGUGGUGGACAUUUAUUAAUCUGCAAUGCCACUGCCAUAAAAUAUCUGUUGGUCAUUGAACUGCAAUUUCAGGUUGUUUUCUUAUCCAUUUGAUUUCCUCUCACGUUGUCACGAGACGUAAUAAAAAGCUUAAUCUGACUUUUGAUACACACAUACACUCACCAGUAAACCUUGUUAUCACAGAUGAUGGCAAUAACAGCAGCAACACUGAUGCCGUAUGCCAGGCAGUCCCUGAACAGUGGCCAGCAGGUGAGUCGGCCUGCCUGAUGGAGGGAGCAAAAAUAAAUGUUUCAACAGCUUAUAAAACACAAUGUACACAACAAGCCUUCCGCUUUGACCCAGAUAAGCAGCUGCUCUUUUGUACAGGUAGUUACAGGUAACCUUUAUCAGUAUAUUGUCAUUGCGAGGUUGCUUCAGGAUGUACCAUAGAGGCCAAGAGUCCACAUGCAGCACAGAUUCCCAGCAGGUUGUAGACAGCUGAUCCAACAAUGGUGCUGAUCCCAAUGUCUCCCUUUGUCACAAACACACCUGGCACAUGCAAAACGAAAUGAUCUCAGGACAGUGGCAAUGUGGAAAAAUGAGUCUGAGGACACAUUCAUAUAGUAGUUAUGUUACAGCUCAUUAGCAUGGGAGUAGACGGAGACAGUGCUGAUUCUGCCAGACUAAUCCUCAUCAUUACAAAGUGAAAUAAUCAUACUCAUAUUUAUGUAUUAUUAUUAUUACCCAGAAAAGCUGUGACCAGUUCAGGUGCAGAACUCCCUGCUGCCAUAAAUGUGGCUCCUGCUACAUCCUGAGAAAGCCCCAGACCUGAGAAAGAGACAAGAAACAGCAGAAGUACAUCAUAGUUAACACGGAGCACAGACAACAACACCCAACCAAUUUAUCUCACUUUAACAGAGCUCGAAUAAUGGGAUUGAAUCGUACAGUAAAGAGCUGUUAUUAAUUUACCUUCUGAGACAAGAGUAUAAGUAAUAUUAUAUCUUGUGAAACAUCAACAGCAAUCUACUCAUGAACUGUCUGAAAACAAAUCAACUAUAAAAACUGAAUGAAAAUAUAGAUAUUUCUAAAAAAAACAAGCAAUAAGGCUGUGCCUUUUCUGGUUCAAGCUUACAUGAUGAAGUUACUCUCUGCUUUUACUUUCGAUAUCAUUCAUGGUUAACAAAAACAUUACAUUUUUGCACAUUCACAAUCCAUUUUUUCAUUGCUAUUUUUUUGCCACAAACAGUACAUUAAAGUUUUUCUAAAUUUUUAUCACUCAAGUGAACUUUCACACUGAAAAUCAAGUUUUUAGUCAAAAUUAAGCAUCAUGAGGGUGAAUGAGUAUGUUGUAAAACUUGUGGGAGAGAGCCUCAGUCCAUAAAUCCUUAUUAUUCCCAUACAUGCACUAUUACAGUUCAUGUGAUGAUGCAAUGAUCCCCUUCUCUCUCACACACACAGACGCUGUACAAACACAAAGUAUUUCAUGUUACUUACGGUCACUGAUCACUUCUAAAGAUGGCAGAAAGUAGUCAUCGCAGACUAUCGCCACAGCCAGAAGCAUGUAGAAAAUAAGCAUAAAAUAGAUGACAAGGCCUCCAUCCUUCCUCUCCUGUAGAGUGAAGAAACCCUCAGGAAACUCGGUGGUCUGUGGUGAGACACAGUCUGUCUCAUUCUCUGAAACAGACACGCACACACACACAAACACACACAGAUGUAUCAUUGAUGAAACCUGAAACUAACAGCCUGAACACAGUUUGCAGCAUAAUCUCUUAACGGGAGUUUCAUGGUAUUUCAUGCCAAUAAGUUAUGAGGAUUAGUUGAGCAAACACUGUCAUCAAGCUAUAAUUGAUUCCUCACAGUUGGUAAAAACAUACAAUAAAACCACUGAAGUUACAGUCACACAAUGAACAGAAUCAAGUGACCGAACCAAAAUAUCUAAGAGUACAGAGAGGAAUUCAAACCAUAAUUGAGAGAUCAACAUCAAUAUCAAUACACACAGAAAUGAUCAGAACUUCUAAUUUUCUUACCAACAUCCCUUCGCACCCUGGCCGGGUGGGUUUCCUGAGUUGUUUUUGCUGUAAAUGAUAUAAGAUGAACUGUGCAAUACAAAAAUAUUACAAAUCCUAAAAAGUAUGGUAUAAAAUCUUUUCUCCUCUUUUUCUGCAGAGAUGCAGUCUUACUCAUGGCCAUUUGAGUGAAUAAAAAGUAAAAUAUCAAAUAUUCCAAGGAGUCAUAUGUUUCUUUGAGUCUAACAAGUUUUCAGAGAUUUAAUUUGAGCUAAAGCUGCUUGUAACCGCUGCAUCUAACACUACUCUACGACUACAAGACGCAAAUAAAGGGAUUAUAGGGGGGAGAAAGCAUCUUUUAAGGGCUGGCACUACCAAGUGUGGGGGAUCACGAGUUGUUAGGCAUUCCAGUCGACUUGAACAGACUUCAGCCUGAGGCUCAUCGGGGGUGUAUCUAAGUAUAAAACCCCCUUUACACAGUCCUUUCACAUCUUUCCAUCUGGAAAAUUGGCUGUCUCUCUUCUGUUAACAGAAUUAUAUCACAAAUUUACAUGCUUAAAAACAUUUGUGAACAUUAAGUAGUAGUGGCGCCAAGGAAUUAUGACUGGGGGAGGUGUGUGUACAUAUGUAGGUGAAGGUAUUUGUGGCAGGUGCCAAAAACUAAUGACGCUUAAGAUGAUUACAAAUGUAAACAAACAGUAGUGCAACACUAGAUAUAGUUAGGAAAUUAAAUGUCCGUCAAUACAAUUUAUAUGCAAGCACAAAUUACUCUGUAAUUUAUGAAUGAACAAACAUUUCAUUUAAAAAAGUACACAACAAUAAAGAUGAACAAUCAAAUCCAAAUAAGCUCCACAAAAGCAUCAAUAAAUUCCUCUAAUAGUUUAGAUGUAUGCAAAACGACAGCACAGAUUACAACCGGAGAGGUACAUUAAUCUUACUUGACAUGUAAAUAGCAACACUCAACUGCUGCUGGCUAGCAGCUGCUUGUCAGCUGAGGCUAAUGCUCCCCUAAGACACGAAACAUGAACAGGUAGCUUGAUUGAUGUUCCUGAACAUGUCCAUGGUUAUCAUGAUAGGUCUGACAGUGUUUUUCAUCACUGUCCUUUCAAUCCUUCAUCAAAAUAAUGCAAUAUCUUCACCUAAGUGAUACAUUUUAUGGCUGAAUUAACAGUCAUCAAGUGUUGCUGCUAUGAUUAUCUCCAAAGAUGUUGAUGGCAGAAGGAUACAAUAUAUGAUACUAUAUGAAACGAUAAGAUGCAGUAUACUGGCAAAUGAUAUCUAAAACAUUGCAAACAAUACCAAUCAGGGCCUAAAUCUGUGCAAGUUGAAAUUUUACAAUGUUUUUGGUGCUUAAUUGAAAAACAUACUGGGAAAAAUAUGUAGAUUGUUAGAAAGAAAGUGGUAAUCUGAAAAAUGCACGUUUAUUUUGAUGCAUAGUCAAUGAUGAGCAGCAUAGGCCUUAAAAGGGAAAUUACACCAUUUUGCAAGAGAGAUAAGACCAUCUCCAUUAAAAGGCCAAAAAAUAAUUUAUAUUGACAUAGGCUAAUAAUCCGCAAUUAUCCUCGACACCAACCUAAUUAAAAAAAAGACCCAGAACGAAAAGGGUGCGUGCGUGUGCGUGUGCGUGCGUUUGGGGAGCGACGGGGUGUCCUCAGACUUGCCUUGACAUGCCCCAAACUUCCCGUGAGUCCUCAAAACAAGCGGACAUGUGCACAUACAUCAAGAAAUCCACCACCAGCCAAAAGGACUACAGGACAGUGUCUUGAGAGCAGACAGGGACCUGCAGGAAAGUGGUAGGAAACUUUGUUGACUUCACUUUGCAGCGGUUCCCCAUGCAAACAAAGCUGGCGUGUGCUGAAAUAAGCAGGUUUGUAGGUUAAUUGAAUUUGCACACAUCGUGAAUGUUAGAGAGAUUACCUGAUCAUUAGUAAUCUGCUUGGCAUUAAGGUUGCGUUGGUAAUCCAAGCAGGUCAGCAGAAUUCGUCAGCACUUGCCACUGUUGUUGUGAUGGUUGAUUUUGAGUGAACUCUUUCAUUAAUGUGAAACUCAGCAGUAGGUAAAGGGCACCACCGUGUGGUGUAAAGUCUGAUGUUGAUGUACAAACUCAAGUCUUACCAAGGGAAUUUGUCAAAUUUCGUUUCUAAAUGUCUUAUUCAUCUUCAAAUUGGCUCACCUUACCCUGCCGGGUCAUUGAGGUCAGGAUUUGUUGAACUGUGUGUAAAAAAAAAAUCCUGACAGACAGUCAAAAAGUGUGAAGGCCUCAUUUCAGCCUUAAUUUCAAGCACAUUUUUGAUGAAAUAAAACAUACAAGUGUUCGAUCAGUAUAUCACAAUUUGCUUACGUAAGGAACAAGAACAUUUUUUAGAGUAAGUAAAUGAUUUUAUUAAGAGCAAGUGAUACCAAACAAGACACCCUAUGAUCCAGGAUUCAGUUUUUUUUUUUUAGUUUAGUCACGCUGGAUCCAAGUUGUCUGUCAUGGGGUUGAAAUGAAAACAUCCUUUGGUGGGUGAAAAAGGGCUCAUUAUGAUUUAAUAUUAGUGCCUAAAGUGGGAAAAUAUAAUCUCCAAGGUCUGACUCGUCCACAAUCAGAUUCAGUGAUCAGAAAUAUGAUUAUUUUAUGUCAUUUUUCCAAAAUGGUAAGGACCAAAAGGCACUGGUUUGCCUUAAACAAUAAUUACUUUGGAGGAAGAUAUUUUAUUGUAUUAAGAUUUUUUUUAUUUCUCCUACCCCACCACCAUGGUUUAAAAGCAAGUACUCAGUAUCCAGUAGUUUAAGUACAUUUCAAAUGAUAUACAGUAUCUAUCUAUCUAUCUAUCUAUCUAUCUAUCUAUUACUUACAUUUUACUUCUACAAAGUUAAGAUCAUGGAGUUUCAACAGAGUAACUGGACUUCUCUAAUGAAAGAUUGUGGGUUAGGGGGAUGUUAGGUGAACAUCUUGACCCAUAGAGGAUGAGCUGUCGUCCAAACUUCUCGUCUUACUACACACUCUUCUUUUUUCUGUUUUGGGUCAUGUGGGCCACGAGAAACCAUGUGAUAGGGUUGAAAAUAUUGGUUUUGUUUCUACUUGGAGUCUGGUUCUGCUGAAUGUGACAGUGCUGUAAGUUUGUGUUGUGAUAUUAAGUGGUUUUGCUGGAGGAUAUGAUGAACAGUAACAGUUGGCUCUGGGACCUCAGGGCUAACUGUCGAGCUUCCCUGACUCUGAGGUGUUGUGUGGCUAACUUAAAGUAGUAUAAACUCUUACCAGUAGAGGGCGUGAUGGGACAGGUUUCUACACUUAGUGCUCGCCCUUCUUUUUAAUAAAUAUCUUGUAUUUCUUAAAAUUACAAAUGACUGGAGUAUAAUAUAUAAAUAUUCUUCUGACCUGAAGAAAUGUGCAGCUGUUUGUGUCUCUCAUGGAUGCCAUGGAGCUCUGAAGCAUUUAAUAAUGAAUGUUUUAUGUCGUGCUAUGAAUGAAAGUUUUUGAUAAACAGUAUUUGGUUCCCCUCAUAUUUGAUAUCAAAGGACUAAAAAGGUCUAGAUGAGCUGUGACCCCGAUCUUAACUGUUAAUUUAUUCAUGUGUGUCCUCGUAGAACAGUCUAGAAUAAAACAAAGAUUCCCACAAAGACAUGAUAAAUUCCUUUAGGAUGAAAUCAUCUGUGUUGACAUGCAUAUUUCAGGUAUGAUAUCAUACUCACACUUAAUGAGCUCUGGUGUUUUGUUGUCAUAUGUUGCCACCCUGAUGUUUGUUUGUAUCCCUGCCCAGAUCUUUCUCUGACCUGAAGAUGUCAGUAUUGGAGCAGGAAUUCUUGGGUGUGUUAUGAAAACGUGACUGCAAAAUUCACACCUGUAUUGUUAACUGGACACACAAAAACACUUUUUUAUUAUUUUGACUAAUUCAGCAGGAUUCAUUCUUUGCUCAACUGCCCACUGCUUCUGGUUAAAUAUUGUACUUUCAGGAAUUUAAGGGUCAUAGCAGCACCAUUGUUCUUCUUAUCCAGACCUGUGUGCUGCAGCUAUAUUGACAAUAAAUAUCAGGCUGGAUUUCAUUGACGGAUUUUUGCCCCACUCUUAUAAAUAAAUGAAAAGCACAUUCUGCAGCGGUCGCUGGUCUGUGGUUUCUGUGCUGGAGCAGCGAGGUAAAACACCAGCUUGGCAAAAAACCUUUCCAUCUCAUUUGUCAUUUGAAGCCUCUCUGUGUCUCCCAGUGUGUGUUUGUGUGUGUGUAUGUGUGUGCUUUCACUUGUGUGUAAGAGGAUACAAUGGAAACUUGACAAUGCCCUGUUCCAUCUCAGUUAUCACUGGUAUGCCAGCAGAGUGGAAUAAAGCCUUUUAAGUACCUCUAAGUAUCCAAAGAUGGGGUAACUUUUUUAAGGCAAGUGCACAUUAGAAGAAAUCUAUUUUUGUCUUGGAUGAGAAAUAACCACGAGGCAAAAAGAGAAGUGGUACUUGUCAGUUUGCUUUGACAACAGUGAACUCACAGAAAAUAGGGGAAGAAGAACGAGCCAAACUGGAAGAACUGGUUGAGUCUCUUCAGUCCUUGUUAUACAAGGAAAUGUAAGCAGCUUUUGCUUGUUUCACAAGACUGCUGUGUGUUUCUGACCUAUGUUGGUGCAAUUACCCUUAUCAUUUGCUUAUCGCGUCUUGGCUUCUCAUAUGCUGUUCCUCGGCACUCGAAACAGCACAGGUCUGUGUGUUUUUUGUACUGCAACUUGUUGAAUAGCAGCACCCUGCCCUCUGAGAGGAGUGCUCACUGUUCAAGGUUCAGGAAGAUAACGAGAGGUGAGUGGCUGACGCAGAGCUCGUGUUAUGUUACCAAAGACUCAUAUCAGAUUACAGGAGACAGCAGGUUGAGUGAAACUGUAGCUGAGUUCAGAUCGCUGUGGCUCAAACAAACCAGGAACUGGGACUUACAAAGGACUUUGAAAGGCGCUAAAGGUGCUAACAAGAGGGCUUCCUGUUGUUUUGAAGAGAGCGUUACCAUGGGUAAGAAGACACAACACUGCCUGCUGCUUUUGCUCUGUUUGUCAGGGCUUGUUCCCUGCUCAGCCAUGGUGUUUUGGACAGCUGUGGUGGAUAUAAGCUAUACUAUCAGCAACAAUCAGACUGUAGACAAGUAUUGUGAGUGUGGGGUGUAUGGUCGCAACUCUCCCCUGGAGAAAGCUUCUGGCAUUGUGACUCUUCCCAAGGGAGACCCCAAAGGCUGUGGCCCAGAUCCUGUCUACAACCGCAAUGCCAGCUCGCUACCGUGGAUCGCCCUGAUUAAAAGGGGCAACUGUACCUUCAGCGAGAAGAUAAAUGCGGCCAAACGACAAGGGGCAGCUGGCGUGCUGGUGUACAAUGCGGAUGGCACGGGCAACACCACCACUCAUAUGGCACACUCGGAUGCACCUGGUGUCGUGGCGGUCAUGAUUAGCAACUUUCAAGGUAUGGAGAUUGUAAAGUUGGUGAAGAAUGGGACUGAGGUUCAGAUGCUCAUCGAUGUUGGCAGCCCCCACGGACCCUGGAUGGAUAGCUAUUGGCUCUACUUCUUGUCCAUCGCGUUUUUUGUUGUGACAGCAGCUGCGAUCACCUACUUUGUUUUUAUCUCUGCAAACCGCCUCUACAACCUGAACAGGCACAGACGCACUGAGAGGAAGCUGAAAAACGAGGCAAAGAAGGCCAUCGGACGACUGCAAGUACGUACGCUAAAGAAAGACGACGAGGAAACGAUGAACGACUCCAACAUGUGCGCUGUCUGUAUUGAGUCCUACAAGGCUGGCGAAGUGGUGACAGUUUUAACCUGUGAUCACAUCUUCCAUAAAGCCUGCAUUGAGCCCUGGCUGCUGGACCGGAGGACCUGCCCCAUGUGUAAGUGCGACAUCUUGAAGGCCUUGGGGGUCGAGGACGAGCUGAAAGACAACAUGUCGACUGAUUCACCACCAGAUGUCACUGUGGUCACAGUGGCAGGAGGAGAACCCUUGUAUGAAGUCCCACUGACUGACCCAGGGAGCUUUGACCCAGAGAGACAUCAACAUCUCUAUGACAACAGGGCCUUUGAGGGAGACUCAGAGGCAGCCAGAGGAUGAACAACAGCUACAGAAACAAAACAGCAACAAUCUAGGACACGGUCAAAUCCCUGUGAGAGAGAUAUUUGUCUGGGACACAUGACACCAGAUUCGAGGAAAUUCAAAGAAUGAAAAAUGUUAAUGGACGUUUUUCUGAUUUUUUUGGAUGCUGUUGCAGUUUCUUUGUGUCUGUUUUUGGCUUAAGUGUGAAGUUUGUGGGUGUGUUCAUGCGGCUACCUUAAAAUGGUUUAAUAGCUUGUGAACACAGAAAAAAUGUGGCGUGUAGUCAGUGUCAAAUUGCUGUUUUGUGUGGUGACCACACCAGCUCUGCUGUGUUUAUGAGGGAAGUGUAGAGGAUCAUCUGACUAUCCGUUUGAACCUGGGGCCAAAGUUUACUGAACGAUAAAAGCUCUUGAGCUUCUAUUGUCCUUCAAAUCCACAGCUGAGUUAGUGUCCCUUUGUAAAUUAACUUCAAACAAACAGACUCUUCCUCUUGCUCUUUUUUUCCAAUUUUAUGAGUCACGAUGACAGAGAGAAUAUGCUAACACACCCUUCUGAACACACCCAUGACUAGAAAUGCAGGAUGGCACACAUUGCACUAAAACGUGUGAAUAAUAUCUCCCGAGGGCCGGCUCUCUGUAGAAACAUGUUUUCCCUAUAUUCAGUGAAAAGUUUCAGACAUUGUGAUGGUUGUAGGCUGGUUUGUGGUUGUCUCAUUUCGCAAUAGAUUGACCCACGGUUACAUGACGGAGCAAUAAACCACAUAGGAACUGUACACAGCAAGCAUCCAGAGACUGUAAUCUGACUGUUUGUUAAUUAUCUUUAUGAUGUUGUUUUGGACAUGAUGUACUGUUUGUAUACUGAGAUCGAUCUGUAAAUCAUGAAGUUAGAAUAAAGAUAAGCCUAAUAUAUAUGUACAGUACUCCCCUGACAGCUGAUUCUGUAUGUAAAAGCACAAAUGGUUGAACAGGUCUUCCAAGUUUUACCUUCGCUUGUUAGGUAUAAAGUUUAUCCAAACCUUGUGGUCUACCUCUGCACUUUCUGUACAUUUUGUGCAAGAUCCCUUUGAAAUCUAAGUGUGUCCCUCAGUGAGUGAAAAAACUACAGAAUUGUUCUUUCUUUAUCUGCUGGUGGGGAUGUGCUGAUUAUGGUACUUCAAAUAUUUUUCUAUAUUGAAUCAUUUUCGCCACUGUUGAACAGAUUCCAGGAGUCUUAAAUUGUUCUGUGUAAAUGAAUAUUACUUGCUGUAUUAAAUCACAUUGAUGCUUAUUAGAAUGCAAUAAAUCCCUCAAAAUGAGGCCAACUUUAUGAGCAGACUGUGUGUGCUUAUAGGAGUGCUGUUUGCCUGAGUGUGUGUGCGUAGAGGGGGGUGUAACUUAAGAGUGUGUCUCAGUCCACAUCAGACAGGUCUGUGUGUGGGUCGGAGGUGUCUCACUCUCAGAGUUAUGAUCUGGUGCCCAGUGACCGUUGGUUUUGGGGGAGCUGUAAUUACCUCUGCACAGGUGGGAGCUGAUCUGCACACGCCUUGAGCCUGAGCUGGAUAAUCAUCAUAUGGUAUAAGUAGAAAGGCCUGACGGAGCAGCACAGAUAUGCAGCUGUUUGGUGAAUGAAUGGAAAAUUUCUUUUUAUUGUCUUUCUAUUGUGUUUUAUUGGUACAUCUAAAGCGCUGUCUAAAAAGCAAUUACAAUUUUUUUUUUGCAAAGCUGUCGAAGAUGUUUUCUGAGUCAUUCAGGACUUUGCACUCAUUUGGUCAUAAACAGGUACUAUGAAACCUUUUUGACUUUUUAUGCCUCACAAUAAAGUCACACCCAUUUAUGACCCUUAAGAACAAGUUAUGGCUUUAGUAUAGACCUUAUCCUAGUGUGGUUUCUCUCCUUAGAUUGACUGUUAUGAAGGUUUGUUCAAGGUUUGAAGAGGUAAGAGGACAAGAGACAGAUUUAAUAUCUAAAAGUAAUAAAUUUGGUGUUAUUUCACACCAACUUUCAUAUAUCAGAUCAAAAUCAAAUACUAUUUUUCAGCCUUUUUGAUAUUCACCUUGGUGCUUUGGUUCAAUAUUUAUUAUCCAAGACAGCUUUGGUCCCACUCUGCCUGUCCCCUCCUUGCCCUGAUAACCCCUCAGUGUUCAUGUUAAUAGUUAUUUUUCCUUUGAACAUUUCAGCCACUUUUAUCUAAAUGCAGAAAGUCUUAAAAGUUGCCAGAGGGUUGAGAGCUGAUUUAGCACACUUUAAGAGCAGAGAAAAAUAAACGUCUUAAAAUUCUGUGAAUGACCGAGCAGGUUUAAGCUAUGUGAGGAGUAAUAUUGCAGUGAGAAAGGUUGAAAGGUGAAAGUUUCGAAGCUUAAGUAGUUUAAAAAUUAUAAAGCAUGUGCAAAGGGCAGAGGCUUCUCCUCUCCUCUCCUCUCCUCUCCUCUCCUCCUGUGGUGUCUCAUCUUCUCUGUGAGAUCAGUGUGCUCUGGAUCUCUGGCCAGCGCUGUAAGCUCAGAUUCAUAGGUCAGAUGGUUAUAGUGGUAUCACAGCGAGGACAGAGAAUCAAUACUGAACUAACUGGCCGGGCUGGGAACAACUGGCAGACUGUGGGUCAGAAGCACGUUCUGCUCAGCAGUGGCACUCCUCUGAUUUAUUACAGUUGUUAAAGAGAAAAUUGAGUCAGAAGGUUUUCAUUUAAUGGCUUGCUAGUCUGAGACUGUGCUCUAAUACCGCACUUGACCUUCAGCUUCAAACUGUAGAAUUUAGUGCUGGGACUUAUCUUCACUUAAAAGUGUAAUAAAAGUAAAUAUCAGUUUGUCUUAAAUAACAGUAAACCUGUAAGCUUUAGCUGCAGUGAUGUUUUAAUAAACACUCUGACACAUUGCUUUAUUUUCAGGAUAGUGUCUCAUGCUCUGUUGUGUCUCAUUUUCCACUUGAAACUUCAAUAACAGCUCUGCAGCUCCACCUGCUGGACAAAAUCCUAACUGCAAUGACUUCGCAUUCAAACCCAGUGGAGGUAAAGCUGGACACAGGCUGGUUUCAGCCUUUCACUUUGGUUUCAGUGUACCGGGGGAAUUUAUUACCUUGAGUGGGAAGUACAGGGAAAUAAAUCUUUCCAUUAAGACACACAGCACUUUAGAGGCUGUAUAAUUUAAUGGAGUGAAGUUUUAUACACAUAUCAAAGGUGAGGGAUCUAACAGCAUCAUCAAAAACAACAACAAUAAAGAGGUGAGGCUGACACGUCUACUCAGAAAUAUUUAAUGAUCUCACCGAGGUCAGUAUGAUGUGAAUAUUUAAAAAAAGGACAUCAAAUUAUUACCCUGAUUAAUACCUAAGGGCUAAGGAAAAGUUGUUAAAAUAGAAAUUACAUACACAUAUUUUCUAGACUCAUGAGGAUUUUUAAACCUUCCUGAGUCCUCUUACCCGUUUAUCAAACCUUGGGGCUAUAAUGCAUUUAGUAGUUACAAUCAUGUGAUUUUUUUUCUUCUGCUUUUAUGCCAACAGCAGAAUCAUCCAUAGUUAAAUUGUUCUGCAUUUCAAAAUAUAUUUUUUAAAUCUGUAAAGUAAGCCUUAUCUUUGUCUUUAACUGGAAAUCACAUGAGGGCAGUCAGAUGACACACACACACACACACACA